UCCUCGGCGCUCCAGCCGCUCUCGGUGGUGGACGAGGCGUGGGAGCUCCUGGACCCGAGCCCCGACGUGCACGGGCUCUUCGUGCAGUUCAACGAGGCGCUCUUCUGGGGGCGCCUCACGGCCGUGGCGGUAUCGUGGAGCCCGCGCAUGACGCUCUGUGCUGGAGUGUGUAGCUAUGAAGGAAAAGGUGGAAUGUGUUCCAUUCGACUAAGCGAGCCACUCCUGAAGUUAAGACCAAGGAAGGAUCUUGUCGAGACACUAUUACAUGAAAUGAUCCAUGCCUUGCUGUUUGUUACUAACAACGACAGAGACCGUGAGUCUCACGGGCCGGAGUUCUGCAAGCACAUGCGGCGCAUCAACCGCCUCACGGGAGCCAACGUCACGAUUUAUCAUAAUUUUCAUGAUGAGGUGGAUUUAUAUCGCCAGCAUUGGUGGCGAUGCAAUGGCCCCUGUCAAAACAGAAAACCUUAUUUUGGGUAUGUGAAACGCUCAAUGAACAGAGCACCAUCUAAGCGAGACUUUUGGUGGGCUGAGCAUCAGGAGACGUGUGGAGGUACAUUCACGAAAAUCAAGGAACCAGAAAACUUUACCAAGAAAGGCAAGGAGAAAACCCAGCCAGCAGAACUUUCAAAUUCCAAAUCAGCUAACAAAGGCAAGAUACAUACAGGUAAUGCACAAAAUGUGAUCCCUUUCCAUGGAAAGGGGUAUCUGCUUGGAGGAGGAGACAGUGGACACUCAGAGAAAAAUGUAGGUUCCAUCAGCGUUGUUAAAAAUGGAGAGACACUCAGCUCACAGCAUCAUGAGGUAAGAAGUACAAUACCAGUCCCUAAAAAUGAGAUAAAAUUUGAAAACUCGCCCCGUCGUGGCACCUUCUUUCCACUGUGUGCUGAUGAUGCCGGAGAGAAAAUUAACUUUGCUUCCAAGCGUGAGUUCCCCAAGCUCUCUGUUGCUGACACAAAAGCUUACAAGAAUGUUAAUGGAUCGCCUGUUAAAAUCGCUCGUGUUACAGAAGAAAAAUCAGAUCAAGGUCUUAGAAAAGGGAAGAGGGUUUCACCAUGGCAUAGCAGGAAACCUAAACAAACCUGUUUUGAGCAAACUACAACAGGUCCGGUUGUAUCCAACAAAAAAGGAAGUUUGGAAUGUACUAGUACACUGCAGCAAUGGCCACAGGUGGAAGACAAAGCUGCCUUUGAAAACUAUUUUGUAAAAAAAGAGCUCACUGAUGUCACUUUAAGUAUAAACACAACUGUGAAAACCGAAGCUGAAUCUACAGUGUCCUCUGCAAGUUCCAGCGCUGCUGUAAGGCCGGAUAAAAAAGUCAGUUGCCCUGUGUGCCAGUCGGAGGUUUUGGAGUCUAAAAUAAAUGAACACCUAGAUUCUUGUCUUGCCUAGAGACUUCUGGAUGGCAGCCUCAGAAAAAUAACCCAGGGCUGGAACUGUUGCUUGAACUACUCUGUGCAGGGCU